AUGGGAUUUAGAGUUGAGAAGUCUAACAAAUCAUUCCUACCGCAGUUAAGAGAUCAUCGCAGAAGGCUAGCAGCUCGUCAACAUUCCGAAAGACAAGAGGCCUCAAGGAGGAGAAUACAAGAACAAGUAGAAGAGAGAAACAGAAGAGCAGCAUCUCGAACCCCGAAUCUAGCCCUACCUCUUCCUACAUUGGCAAAUAAUCAACGAUUGAUGAACGAUAUCGACGGCGACGAAAUUUCGAGCCAAAAUUCUACAGAGUCAAUUAUUCCAUCUGAAUCUGCUUCGAGAAAGAAGACACUUUCGUCAAUUUCUUUCAAGAAAAUGACGGUUCAAACUCCGGGGGGUUCAGGUUCGAGUUCUAACAACGCUGGGGCUAACCCAUCUGGGACAGGCCAGAAUGGAGAAAACAGUCAGAGUUUUAGGUCGGACCUAAUUGAGAAAGACUCUUAUCCAGGAGGUGUGGGCGCAUCAGCGAGAUCCCAACCGCCACCCUCAACAAUCAAUGGUCUGGCAAAUCCGGCUCCGCCGACAUCUUCGAACAAUGGCGUAUCUGGCCAAUUAGCUCCACCAGCUUCUUCAGCCACGGUUCCUACCUCCACUCCUACUCCUCAAGUUGUGGAAAAAGCAGCUGCUCCGAUACAAGUCCAACCUUCUACCGCAGAAGCUGAACAGACCCAGGUUCUUUCGAAGAAAGACAAGAAACUGGCCAAAAAGGCGGCUAAGAAAGAGGAGAAGAGAGUAGAGAAGAAGGCUGCAAAAGAGGCAAAGAAAGCCAAAAAGUUGGGGAAAGAAGAGAAGAAGCUGACGGGUAAAAUCGUGACUGAAGCGGAAAAAGGGAAGAAAAAAAAUCAGAGUCCAAGAUCCUGA